GUGGUGUGUGUGUGUGUGUGUGUGUGUGUGUGUGUGUGUGUGUGUUUGGGGGGGGAACACUGAGGCUUUCUGUUUCUAUUUCCCAGCCUCUCAGGGAUAUGAACCUGGAUGAACUGUGAAGUCCAAACUAUGUGGAUCCUUGGCAGCAGCGUGACUUUAAAAAAGAAAAGAAAAAAGUCGAUGAACGAUGAAGUCUGUGCUGGUCCUUCUGAUCCUCCUCUCUGUCAGAGGUUUCCUCUGGCAGCAGCAUGUUUCCGCACUUCAGGCCUCCACGGUACAGGUGAGGUAUGGGGAGGAUGCCAUCCUGCAGUGCCCCCUGAUGGACGCCUUCUCCAAUGUCUCCUCCAAUACCUCGUCCAAUACCUCCUCCAAUGCCUCCUCUAAUGCCUCCUCCAAUGCCUCCUCCAAUGCCUCCUCCAAUGCCUCCUCCAAUGCUUCCUCCAAUACUUCCUCCAAUGCCUCCUCUAAUACCUCCUUCAAUGCCUCCUCCGAUGCCUCCUCCAUCGGCCUCGGACAGUCCUUUGAGCCUGAAGCCAUCAGGCUGCACAACAAGAGUGUUUCCUCCAGUGCCUCCUCCAAUGCCUCCUCCAGUGUUUCCUCCAGUGCCUCCUCCAGUGUCUCCUCUAGUGCUUCCUCCAGUGCCUCCUCCAGUGCUUCCUCCACCCUCAGCUGGUACAGGAAGGCUGCAGGUCGGAGUCCAGAGCUGCUGCUCAGCUUCAGGUCUUCAGACGUCUCUAACGUGACGUACGGCCCUGGUGUUAGUCCAGAUAAAGUCUCAGCUUCAGUCGGCGGUUCGUUGCUGCUGCACGACUCCAGACUGAACGACUCAGCAGUUUAUUACUGUGGCUUGACUCGGGGAGAAGAGCAGAAGAAGAAGAGAGCAACGCCAUAGCAUUUUUUUUGGAAAUCAUGUUCCCUCUGAAGAUAGUUGAUUUUGCCAUUUUCUGUCAUGUUGAGACUCUUGAUCUCAGUUUUUACUUGUAUCUGAUUAUUUAUUUUUUUCAUGAUUUUUACAUUUGAUUUGAUGAUUUUAACCCUUUUAUUAUCAUUUUGAAUAUUGUCCAAUUAUACGACUUUUAUCUCGUGAUUUUUACUUAUAAUCUCAUUAUUUUGACUUGAUCCCACCACUUGUCAAUUAUUUUCUUAUCCAUGAUCAGAUUCAGUCUGUCAAUUAUAGUUUCUUACUUAAUGUUUUCUUUUAUAAUUGAUUCAGACUAUAGGUACGCCAAGUCUUACCUGAACACAACAUUUAUGUCAUCAGUCGUGUUGUCAUACAUUUCAAUUACUUUAUUAAAAUAUUUCGUUUUGUUAUA